AUGGAUUACGAACAAAAAUCACAGGCAGCUCUUUUUGAGGUUUAUCUAAGACUGCGACCACCUCCAACAACAACCCAUCUCAACCCAUACCCGACUCUCCCGACCCAUGACCGAUUCUUGGCCGUCGAGGACGCCCAAGAAGACGAUGAACUUCCAACACAUAUCACGCUUAAUCCGCCCAACGACAAUCGCAGACGGGCAGUCGAGAAAUUUGCAUUCACAAAGGUGUUUGAGGAACGUGCGUCGCAACUUGAUAUCUUCGAAGGCACCGGGGUGCUCCCACUGGUAGAGGGUGUACUUGGAGCCCAAGGCGGAGAUGGAAGGGAUGGAUUGUUGGCCACAUUGGGCGUUACGGGCUCCGGAAAGAGUCAUACAAUCCUAGGAUCCAAAUCACAACGAGGCCUUACGCAACUAGCUCUAGAUGUCCUCUUCCGCUCAAUUUCCCAUAAUAUCCUCGAUCCAAGCACAACCACAUCCCUUCACGCAACAAUUGCAGCUUCAGAUCCAUCCGAAGCACAAGUCAUGUCUGCGCAAAUGUUUCUCGAUGCAAUGUAUGGUGAUCCAUCAGCACCAUCACGCGCCAGCUCUCGAGCGCCAACCCCCAUGGUAGUACGAACACCCUCGGUUCAUUUUCAUCCAUCUUCAUACAGUCUAUACCGAAGGCUUUUGGGGCUCGAUACAGGAAGUCCUAAGAGUAUCAGAGUGGUCCGCCCUACAAUCACAGAAUGUGGUAUUCUAGAGGCUUCAGAAUCGACAGUGUCGAACCUUUCAGCUAUCCCAUCCUACAUGCAGUCAACACUGACCAACGCAAAAAAGUCUGUUACUAAAAGUGAAUUAAAGGGCGAAUCAUAUGCACCACCACCUACUCCCCGCCGCCACCUCCUCCAGCGUCCUUCUGUACUUCCACAUCUGCCAGACAUCGGCGGCCUCACAGUUGACGUAGAUCAAAACGCCGAGUACGCCAUUCUGAUCUCGAUGUACGAGGUAUAUAAUGAUCGAAUCUUUGAUUUAUUGACGCCAGCCUCCCCAAACAAAUCCACCAAAGACUAUCGCCGACGGCCACUUCUAUUCAAGCCCACCGAGCAAUCGCAGGAUCGAAAAGUUGUAGCAGGCCUACGGAAGAUUAUCUGUAGCACGAUGAAAGAUGCACUAAUGGUUUUAGAAGCAGGUCUACACGAACGACGAGUAGCAAGAACAGGGUCAAAUAGCGUGAGCUCUAGGUCUCACGGAUUCUUCUGCGUAGAGGUCAAAAAGAGGCGCAGGAGUAGAAUGCCAGGACCUUGGGGAGGUAGUGCUCUCACCGUUGUGGAUUUAGCAGGUAGUGAGAGGGCGAGAGACGCAAAAACUCAGGGUGCCACUUUGCAGGAGGCUGGGAAAAUCAAUGAGAGUUUGAUGUACCUUGGACAAUGUCUCCAGAUGCAGUCUGAUAUAGGGACUAAUACCAAGCCGAAUUUGGUCCCUUUUCGGCAAUGCAAACUCACGGAACUCCUGUUCUCAAACUCAUUCCCCAGCUCGUCGGGUGCUUCCUCCACUUCAUAUCACCACUCGCAAUCCCACUCACAGCAUCGAAAUCCACAAAAAGCGAUUAUGAUCGUAACGGCCGAUCCCGUCGGUGACUUCAAUGCCACUUCUCAGAUCCUGCGCUAUUCAGCUCUCGCCCGUGAGGUAACGGUUCCCCGCAUCCCCUCCGUCACAUCUACCAUCCUUGCCCAGUCCACAGCAUCGCAUUACUUCUCCCCAGCACUUGGUCGAAAUGGUCUUGGCGGUGGACGAACCAGUCCCACCGAUACCGAGCGCGAAACGAUGGAAAUUGCAGCCCUGGAAAUCGCUAGACUUAGUGAAGAAAUUGACGGGCUACGGGCCGAGCUCAAGGAAGACCAAGAGCGACGAAUCGAAUCUGAGGCCCAUCUUGAAAGCAUGCGUGACCGUAUGAUGGACAUGGAAAUGGAAGUGCGCGAAGAAGUUUUCGCCGAGAUGGAGAUGAGGAUGGAGAGCGAGAUGCGGAGAUGGAAAGCUAGUUUUGCCGCUCAAGCCGACCAUAAUGAUGAGCAUCUUGACCGCAAACUCGAGAUAUUGACCAAAACUAUUGAUCAUACUUCUGAUGAGGAUAAAGAGAAUACGAACAACGGAGAAAGUAGAGAAGAGGAUUUAGAAGAGGAGAACCAGAGGCUGAGGAGAGAGAUUGAGAUUCUGAAACGAGAAGUAAGGGGUAGGAGUCCUACCAAGAGGAUGCCGUUGAGGGAAUCGAAGACAGCGAUAACGGAUAUGGGGAGAGAGAUGGAGAGACUGCGAGUUUCCUCGCCGUCUGGGAGAGAGGAGAGGGUGAGAGUAGUUCAAGCGGGUAGCCCCCUUAAGAAAGUGAGGAAGUUGACGGCGAAGAAGUGGGAUAUGGCCGAUGAAGGAGAACUACUUUGA